UAUAAACCCAUCAUGUCUUUUCAUUUGCUAAUUAAUUCACUACUCCCUCUCUACUCUGCUAUAGCUACUCAUUCCUCUCAUCCGUCACACUCACAUUACACCGCAAAAAACAACGCACAUUCUUCCAUCUUUUCUCCGCCGCUUCCAAAUUUUAGAAAAUUAAUGGAAUUGUCAGCUCGACAACCACCAGCGCUUAACCAACACCGACAACAACAACAACAGCAGGUGGCAACAGCUGAUGAGAACUCCCUUGCAUGUUUUAGCAGAUCAGAAGUACUGUCGAAGAUCAUCAUGUACUGGUGCAGCAACAACAACAACAGCAUAGGUGGCAGAGUGAUCAACAUGAUCAGAUCACCCCAAAUGCAUGAGGAAAGUGGCAAGCGUUGCUACAUGAUUCUACUGGGAAUCAACUACAUGUGUCUUUUCUUGGGUUCCGUUUCGUCAAGUCUGCUUUCAAAAUUCUACUUCAUUCACAAAGGUGGCAGUAGAUGGGUUUCCACUUGGGUACAAUGUGCUGGUUUUCCUCUUCUUAUCUUCCCUAUUUACUUUUUCAAAAUUUCCACGAACAGAAAUCCGUUUACUGGUUUCACUCCUAGAAUCCUGUGUCUCUCAAUCCUCAUAGGUUUCUUCAUGGGCGUCAACAACCUUCUUUUCUCAUGGGGGAAUUCUUAUCUCCCCGUUUCGACGAAUUCUCUUGUUCUGUCAACGCAGUUAGCCUUCACUCUCAUCACUUCUGUCAUUAUCGUCAAGCAGAAAAUCACAUUCGCGAAUUUGAACUGCGUCAUCCUCCUCACCCUCAGCUCUGUCUUAUUAGCCCUAGGUUCGAGUCACGAUAAGCCAACAGGCUUAACAAAGGCGAAGUACUUCAAAGGAUUUUUCUCAACAGUAGGUGCAGGUUUGUUAUUCGCUCUUUACCUCCCUAUCAUGGAGAAAAUAUACAAAAAAGUCCACUGCUACGCCAUGGUCGUCGAAAUGCAGCUGGUUAUGGAGAUGGCAGCGACGGUUUUAGCCACGGCGGGGAUGGCAGCAGGCGGUGGUUUCACAGAGAUGAAGACGGAGAGCACAGAAGUAUUCGAUUUGGGACCGAAGGCGUACUGGUUGACGGUGUGGUUUAACGUGGUGACGUGGCAGUUGUGCUUCAUGGGUACAGCAGGGAUGGUGUUCUUGACUACAUCGUUAACAGGAGGCGUAUGCAUGACAGCGUUAAUGGGGAUAAACGUGCUGGGAGGAGUAUUAGUUUACGGGGAUCAUUUCGGCCGACUCAAAGCAGUCUCCACUUUGCUUUGCGUAUGGGGAUUCGGCUCGUAUAUAUACGGCAUUUAUACGAAAAUGAAGGACAAGAAUGAAGACGAGGAAGAAGAAGAGAAGCAGACAGAAAAUUCGAAAGAGGGGAAGAAGAUGAACAGUAGUGAUGGUGAAGCGAAUAAGGUGAUGGAACUAGAAGAAAUUGUAACGCAUAACGCUUGAGGCUGAUGUUGAUCACGUGACAUUUCUCUUUGUCUACUUUUGUUUUUGUUUUAUUAGAUUUAGGGGUGUUUUGGAGCUGGUUUUAUGACCCUAAUCUAUGGUACUGCUAUGGGGAUUAAUAACAAGUGUUUGUAUUCAUUCAGGUUAAUUAGUGAAGAAGUAAGGAUUAAAGUGUUUAGGCUUUUGACGAAAAGACACAGAAAAUGUUUGGAUUUGUCUCUCCAUUUUCAUUC